GGCACGGCGGGCAGGCCGACGUGGGGGGACCGUCGACACCGACUGCGCGCAUCAUCGACACCGACAGCGCUGACCGUCGACACCGACAGCGCGGACUGGGCGGCCGGCGGCCCCUGCGGGAGUGUGAUGAAUGUUUACGGUCCUGAGUGCUACUGGGGACCUGGCCGGACCCAAUCUCUACAUCGAUACCAUCCUUCAGAACGUCACCUGCAUACUCAAAAAUGACGGCGAGGAGUUUCUCUCCAUACCGGAUCACGUGGUCGGGAGCGUGCAGCUGACUGAGGGCCAGAUCUCUGGCCUGGACACCCUGCGGCGCAAGGGAGAAGCUCGAAUGCACAGCGACGCCGAUGGCGCCACCAUCGAAGCCAAGCUCGUCCUCGAGCAAGUGCGGCUGUGUUACGACUACACAGCAAAGGUGCUUUUUGCGAAGAACCAGGGGAAAAUCAGUGUCUGCGCCGGGGAGAUCGAGACGUUCAUCCGCGUCCACCAAACAUCAGACCUCAACAAGUCGCCGGUCCUGCAAGAGUUCGUGAUCCGGCAGCUUCGCGGCCUGCGGGCUAACAUGUCCGGUCUGGGGCCGGUCAGCUGGCUGGUCAACCGCCUGCAGCGAACACUGCUCAACAUCUUCAGCAUCCGCAUCCAGGACUUGCUGCAGGAGAAGGUGCACGGUCUGAUCCAAACCGAGCUCAACAAGUUCAGCCUGGCCGACAUCAGCAUGCGGGACCUGAUGACGUGACGUCAGCCUCCAGGGGUGUCCAACCCGGCCGCGCCGCACGGCUGAGUCGGACACCCCUGGAGAGGAGCCGGACGCCCCGAGUGCUUGUGAUCUGGAGGCUGCAUCCCCCAGUGGAUGUUCCCAGGGUGGAUCUGAACAGCGCUGGAGUGAUUCGAUCCGCUCUGGAGGGAUCUGGAUGUCCCGGAGUGGAUCGGGAUUCUGGGCAUGCAUGGAGUGGAUCUGAAAACUCUGUAGUGGAUUAGAACGCCCUGAAGUGGAUUUGUACCCUUUGA